AUGUCUGACUACGAGACGCAGGCAGCGGGGUAUGUCCGCCAGGCAGAGGCGAAGCUAAAAAGGGGGGUCUUCAAGAAACCUGACACGGACUCAGCGAUCGAGUUUUACGAGAAGGCAGGCAACUACUACAAGAUGGCGAAGAACUACACCAAGGCCGGAGAGGCAUAUAUGAAAUGUGCUGAUCUCCACGUGAGUAGCGGAAAGCCACAAAUGGCAGUCAACUUAUAUAGUACAGCCGCAGCAACGCUCAAGGAGGACAACCCUGAUGCCGCUAACGCUGCGUUCCUUAAGAUGAUAGAGGCAGCAAAAGAGGCAGGAAGAUUCAUGCAAGCAGGCAAGGCUAUGCGCGAGCUUGCAGAGACUUUGGAGGAGCAAGGAAAAGAGGAGAAGGCCUAUAUAAUGUACAAGGAAGCCAUGGAUCUAUUCAGCAAGGAAGCAUCGGCCGCAACAGAGAUCCGCGCCUGUAAGGAGCACGUUGCUGAGCUGAAUGGACGACUCAAUGGAAGUUAUGCCGAGAGCUCUAGGCUGCUAGAGGAAAUCGGGACUGAUUGUACCAAGAUACAAUUGCUUCAGUUCCAUGCACGCGGCUACUUCCUCACUGCCUUUCUCUGUCUGUGCGUCUCCCCCGACAAGGUGACUUUGGACUUGGCUCGCGACCGUUACGCCUCUGUAGACCCUACGUUUAACGGGUCCUUUGAGUGCGAGUUCAUGACUCAGGCAAGUGAAGCCCUCGAAAACAACGACCUAGAAGCAUUUGCAGAAGCCACUGCGAAGCUCAAACAGCGCCUUGGAACGGCCUUUUCACGGAGCAAGUUCAGGAACUUCCUCUUUGAGAAGGUCCUUGAACAUAUGCAGCCCGUCCAGGCCGAGGACGGCGGCGUAGAAGACUACCUGUAG